UUUGCCCAACCGCUGCUCUCUGCGCUGGUGUCCUGCGCCCUGGUGCAGCCAACGAGCAUGCAGGGGCCCCCCCCCCGCGAAAACGUGCACACCAAGAGGGCACUUUGGCCGACGCGAGCGUACGGGAGGCGGCGCCGCAUGCACCCCAACGUGCUGAGGCCAAACACCUCACUGGGCUACGUGUCUUCUGUUGGCGACCAGCGUAAAAAGCAAGACGGCCCGAAGCGCUACUUCGGAGGAACGGGUGGAGGCGGGGGGAGGGGGGGGGCAGAAGAAUGGAUGUCUUGGAUCGGCACUGGACCCCCCCCUACCUGAGCUGGCGAGCGGAGCGCGCCAAGGGCGGUGCUGGAGGCGCCGCCAGCAAGGAUACGCGCGGACCUCCGCAAGGUGAUGCUCAUGCGGAGUGCUCUUCCUCGAGAAAUGGAAGAGGCGAGGUGCAGGCAACAGUAGCGAUCAUAGCUUGGCUCCCGAUAGGUUCUGCAUGGCUUGCGCUGGCGAGAGCCACGAACGGCUCGAAAACCUACAGAGACAAACAAAAAAAACGCCGCCUCGGCCCUCCCCGCGCGCGCCCCCGGCCAGGCGGGCGCGCCACCCCAGCGCGGGCUGCGCGGCAGCCCUCCCACGGCCACGCCGCCCUCCGUGGAGCCCGCGGCGCGCCGCGGCGGCAGGCCCUCGUCGGCGGGGUUCCGGGGAAGGCUCGGAAAAAGCUUCUCGGAAGGCCGCAGGCCUCCUGAGCCUGCCGAGAAGGCCCGCCCCCUCUGCCUUCCCCCUGGGCGCGCCGCCGGCUGAAGGUCAACGACCCGGGGGGGACUGGGUCUGGGGGGGAACAUCGGCCCGGAAUCGGCGAUACGCCGCCGGCACAUCGGCAACAGGGCCCCGAUAGCGAAACCGCGCGAUCCUGGGCCAGG